AUGCACCAGCUCAUUUCGGCUCCUCGUCCUGUGGACUUGAAUGUUGGGGAAGGACUGGUUCGCGUGGAUUUGCCACAUGGCCCACCACCGAGUGAAAAGUUAUACAGUGAAGGAGAAGAACUUAACGAUGGCAAGUCUGUCGUACGCAUCAUUGAUAAAGAAUCGGAGGACGUCUUGUCAGCGAAAAUUCCAAUCGACGCCUUGUGCUGUACGUUUUUAGUGAACUACAGAAAUCAGAUGAUGGCGUUUCUGGAAUAUAUGAAAACUCCGAGUUUCCGGCAGGAUAUUGAAAGGGACAUUGCAAAUGAGAGAGCUCGCAAUGCUGAAUUGCUGGAGAAAGUACGUCAAGCAAGUGUAGCAGUGGCCGCUCAAAGAUCUCAAGGUGUAUGUGCCCUGUACGAGCGCUUGAAUGAUCUUGGAAUGAGUGAUGUUGAAACGCCGACUGAAUUAUUGCAAGGGUCAAAGCAGAUUGUUGCGCAUCACAAGGAUCUGAACCAGCGAGUGUCUUGUUUUGAAACUGAGGUUGCUAUGUUGGAAGGACGUGUUCGAGCUGUACGACCUUAUGGGGACAAACUCAUUGAAGCGCUUCAUUCUAUUGGCGAUAAUCCCCUCAACGUCGAGGACUUACUGCAGACGGUGCUGCAACAGACAGGCGGAGACACCGCAGCCUCAGCAGCACUUCGUCUGGAAUCUGAAAAUGAAGGGGUUGAGGGCAUGCUUCUCUCUCCCGGUGCAGGUCCAGCAACUAUUGGUGCGACUCAUGUUGGGAAUGUGUCACGGAGACCUCGCCAACGCCCCCGUGCAGGCCCUGGAGCACGAGGAAAGGGUAAACCAGAGGAAAAUUCGGAGGAAAUGCAACGCCAA